AACCCAGAGCCUCUGAAGUCUGAGAACUGCCCUGGUUGCAGCUGCUCAAGAGCCCUCGGGGGAAAGGGGCGGAGCCGCUCGCACCCACGACCGCGGGCCCCGCCCACCUGGGCCCCCUCCCCACGCGACGCCCCGCCUACCGGGCUGUGCUGAGGGCGCGGGCGGCCAGGGCUCCUUCGCCGCGGCUCCGCUCCCGCCUGGGCCGCGGCCGCGCGCCCUCCCUUCGGGGAGGAGGAAGAGGAGGAAGGAGGAGCGGCGGUAGGAGGAGGGCCGAGCGCGGCAGUCGCGCCGCCGCGGGGAGGAAGCAGAGCCCGCGGCUGCAGGGUUUUCAUUUCAUAUGGGGGAAUGGUAGUAUGCUGGUCAGAUUUUUGUCAACUGGACACAAGCUACAGUUAUUUGGAAAGAAGAACUCUAAAUUGAGAAAAUGCCUCCAUAAGAUUUGCCUGUAGUUCCUGUUUGCAGGUUCCUACCUGAGUCCCUGACCCGACUCUGUGAUGGACUGUAAUCAGAAUGUGUAAGCCAGAAAAUAGCUUCAGAGGUUAAAUGAAGCCAGGCAGAAUACACCCAUGAGGCAUCGCAGCCCCUCCCGAUGUUUGGGCAUAACUGCUCCAGAACCAAAUUGACCCAUUUGGAUUAGUUAACUUUUGUCAAAAUGAAGAAAAUCAGUCUGAAGACCUUCAGGAAAUCUUUUAACCUGAGUAAAAGCAAAGACGAAACUGAGUUCAUGGUGGUUCAGCCCCAGUCCCUUGCUGGUGACUUCGUGAAAGAUGACUCUUUAUUCGGGAGCUGUUAUGGCAAAGACAUGGCCAGUUGUGACAUUGGCAGCGAGGAUGAGAAAGGGAAGAACAGAUCCAAAAGCGAGAGCCUGAUGGGCACUUUGAAGAGGCGGUUGUCCGCCAAGCAGAAGACCAAGGGCAAGGGCGGCACUGCGUCUACAGAUGAGGACACCUUCUCCUCAGCUUCAGCUCCUGGUGGGCUCAAGGAUGUGCGUGCUCCGCGGCCCAUCCGCUCCACAUCACUGAGAAGCCACCAUUAUAGCCCCACGCCCUGGCCGCUGCGUCCCACCAGCUCGGAGGAGACGUGCAUCAAGAUGGAGAUGCGAGUGAAAGCACUGGUGCAUGCUGCCAGCCCAGGACCAGUCAACGGUGUGCGCAAGGAUCUGCGGGAGCUACAGCCCAGGGAGCUGCGAGACCUGCAGCCAGAGCCGCGCCCUGAGUCCCGCUGCAGCCCCAGCUCACCCGGGGACCUGAGCCUCCACCUGGAGGAACACGUGCCUGUAGUAAUCGGACUCAUGUCUCAGGACUACCUUCAGUACACCGUGCCUUUAGAUGACGGGAUGUGCCCUCUUGAAGGGCCGCGCAGCUGCUGCCUGGAUACGUCUUCUCCCAUGGAGGUGUCAGCCGUACCCCUGCCGGGGGCGAGUGGUGCCUUCUCCGAAGACGACAGUCAUGUGGACCAGGACCUGGUUGUAGGCCCAGAGAUCCUUGUGGAUUCAUCAGUGAACAAUUUGUUGAUUGGCACCACAGGAGUCAUGUUGCAGAGCCCUAGAGGAGGUCAUGAUGACGCCCCUCCCCUCUCACCAUUGCUACCUCCAAUGCAGAAUAACCCAAUCCAAAGGAACUUCAGUGGCCUCUCGGGCCCAGACUUGCACAUGGCCGAAAGUGUUCGCUGUCAUUUGAAUUUCGAUCCCAACUCUGCGCCUGGGGUUGCUAGAGUUUAUGACUCGGUGCAAAGUAGUGGCCCCAUGGUUGUUACAAGUCUUACGGAGGAGCUGAAGAAGCUUGCAAAACAGGGGUGGUAUUGGGGCCCCAUCACACGCUGGGAGGCAGAGGGGAAGUUGGCAAAUGUGCCAGAUGGUUCUUUUCUUGUAAGGGAUAGUUCUGAUGACCGUUACCUUUUAAGCCUGAGCUUUCGUUCCCAUGGUAAAACACUUCACACUAGAAUUGAGCACUCAAAUGGUAGAUUCAGCUUUUAUGAACAGCCAGAUGUGGAAGGGCAUACAUCUAUAGUUGACUUAAUCGAGCAUUCAAUCAGGGACUCUGAAAAUGGAGCAUUUUGUUAUUCAAGAUCUCGAUUGCCUGGAUCAGCAACUUACCCAGUCAGACUGACCAAUCCAGUGUCACGAUUCAUGCAGGUGCGCUCGCUGCAGUACCUGUGCCGCUUUGUUAUCCGUCAGUACACCAGAAUAGACUUAAUUCAGAAACUGCCUUUGCCAAACAAAAUGAAGGAUUAUUUGCAGGAGAAGCACUACUGAGAGAUUUGGAGCCCUGUUUCUUGCACUUUGGGGUUCAGAAACAAGACUUGAGUACAGUUUACAGACUUACAUCGCCAUUGAAGUCUUUGCUGCCAUAACUUUUAGUUUUUAUGUGUGAGAGUCAUCAAUUUGUUCAAGGGUGGGGAAGUGUCUGCAAGGCGUCCUGAGUUUAUUUUGGUUCUUGAAAAGGGAUGCCUUUAGGGUUUAGAAGUGUGAGUUAUCUUUCCUUAAUGUGCAGAAUAAUCACAAUGUGAAUGACCAGAUUCUCUUUAAUGCCCCUUCCAGUCCUUUGCUGCUAUCCACUGUGAUUCUUAUGCAUUAAAGCACAUUUCAUGUGUAUUCAACCCUAAGUAAAGUUGAAUGAAACUUAAAUAUAAAUUGCUAUGAUGUUAAAUGGCCCAGUUGAAUAAACGUGUGGGAUAAAACAUUUACAUAUACACUGAAAACUGAUUUUUUUUAAGUCUCACACUUUAAAAGUGAUUUGUUCAGAAUUAUGAAUUAAUACAAUGUUGAUAAAUGGAAUGCAAAUCUGCAACAUCUUUUAAAAUACUUUUCUAAAUUAUUUUUUAAGGAUGUGAUAAUUGUUUUGGUUGGGAGAAGUUGAAUUGUUCUGUUGCCUUCAUUUUCAUCUUGUGGUUUGUCUCUUUUGAUAAAUUGCCUUACAUUAAAAAUUGUAAACAAAUAUAUACCCAAUUUAGAAAUUGUUGCCUUUUCUGUCAUUAAACUCGGGUACAAAUUGGCGUAACUUAAAAGCUCUGUAAAGCCCAAACAAUUGUUACAAAAGUAAGAUAACCCUGGUUUUUGUGAGGUGUGUGUGUGUUCGUGUGUGUAAGAGAGAGAGAGAUUUUUCAGUUACAUAUUUUAUCUAUGAUUUCUUUAGUAGAUAUUUUCUUCCAUAAACUUGACAAAACAAGUUUCAUAAAUGAGUUGUAUUUUCUUACAUUAAAGUUUAUAUAAAGUUGUAAACUGAUCUGAAUAGAAAGGUUAUUUUAAAGUUGUCUUGACUUUCUUCUGUAUAAUCUUUACAGUGUGCUGUGUUUGACCAUUCUAACUCUAAACCAACAACCUUGAAUGACAUCAGCUAAAUAAUUAAAAAUUGUGAUACAUUAUGUGAGAAAAAUUGUAAAACUAUGUCUGAUACCAGAAAUAGUUUCCUGCUUGUGACUACCCUUUGAGGAUAGCAUUUUGGUUUAUUUUAAAUUGGUUAAUUUGUAAGUAGUCUGGCACCUCUACUUACUUAUCAUUGUGUUAGAGAAUGAUGAGACCAGGUUUUAAAAGUUAUUUUGGAAUGUAGACUGUUGAUUCAGUUCAAAGUUCUGCAGUGGUGUUAUUAAAACUAUUAAGCGAUAGUAUUUAAAGAUUUCUCCAUUCAGAAAAUAUUUCCAGCUGCACAUGCUUUUAAAAAAAUCAGGGUAAACAUCUUAGGUCAGACCUGCUGGCUUUGUCAUCCAAACAUAUCUAUAGCUUUACAUUUUUCCUCUUUUUCUAGGGUCAAAAUUGAGAUAUUGCAGGAAAAGGCUCAGUGCCAACAUGUUAAAGAGUUGUGGCAUCUUGACUUAUAAGGAGCAAGGCACUUACUUUUGAUGGAAUGUUACAAAGAAUUUCAUUUUCUGAUAUGUUUCAUCUAAUAUGAUAGAUGAAUUAUAUGGAGAUAGUGUAAGCAUUCACUAUUGGAUUAAGAACUAUUGGAGAAGUGUAGGCUUGUGUGCAAAAUAAUGCAAGACACUUAACUAUUUUUUUGUAAAACUUUAUUUUUAAACAACUGAAGCUAUAUCUAGUGUGAGUUGACAGUCCCCACAUCUACAUUAGAUGGCAGGUGUUGUCACAUAGUCACUGUAUUAAUGAUGAAGGUUGAGAUGACUUCAUGUUUCAAAAAUAUGCACAUGUCCUGGCAAUCAUGGCUCAUAGAAGUCUCAGGACUGUCCCCAACAUGUUUCAAGUAAACAUAGCUUGUUUCCUACUCUUCCCCAUGGUGCCGUGUGGUUAGGAUCUACCCAUUAAAUGUCAAGAGUAUUCUUAUCUUUAUCUAAAUAUUUCUAAUAAUCAAUUUGUGCUAUUCUGUAGGACAAAUCUUUAUUAUGAAAACAACAACCCUUGAUGAAUUUCCAUUUACAUGCUUUAUAUGACCUGUCCAACUCAAUUUGAAAUGAUUAGGUUCUGAUACUUGAUGAAUAAAAAUCAAAGCAUUUAUUGAGAAAUCAGAUUUGCAAAUGGUAAAAUAUUGCCAAUAUUUUUGUGUUUUUGUAGCCAAGACAUCCAUCUGACAGAAGUGGGAAACAAUGGGAAAUACUGACUUUUGUAUGACACUGUCUGAUAAAAAUGAAGAGAUUUAAGUCUCUGUCUUCUAGUAUCAUGGCCUAGAUUGAAGUUGGUUAACUUUCUGGCUUUUUUGAACUUAGAUGAUACAAACAUAACCUCUAAGCCAUUCUGUGUGUGUGUGUGUGUGUGUGUGAAAUAAUUUUUGUUACUUUUAAUUUUUUGCAUAUAUUACAUCCUGACCACAGUUUUCAGUACCUUUCCUCUUCCCAGUGCUCUUUCCCAACUUCCCCUGUCCUCUAGAUCCACUUCUCCUUUUCCCUUCAAAACAAAACAAAACAAAACAAAACAAAACAAAACAAAAAAAACAAAGAGCAGGCCUCACAGGGAUAUUAACAGAACCUGGCAUAACAAAUUCCAUUAAGACUAGGAACAAACCCUCAUAUCAAGGCUGGAUGAAGGAAAAGGGCCCCAAGUAUAGGCAAGAGAUUCAGUGGCACCUCCAACCCUUGCUUUUAGGGGUCCAACAAAAACACCAACUAUAUAACUAUAAGGCGUAUGCAGAGGCACUAGCUCAGAACACAUUUAGAAUUCCUACAUUAAGGCAAGACAAAAGCAAGCAGAAAAACUAUCUGUGAGAGUGAAUCAGAUUUUUUUUUUUUUUACUGUAUACUCCACCACCAGAAAUGCUGGAGGCUGAGGGUUAAUUUGGGGCUUCAUAAGACACUUAACACAUUUUUAUAAAUAAGAGAGCUAUGGAGAGUACUUGAAAAAAAAUGCCUUGCUUUCUCCAAGGAAGACUGUUCUCUUUUUACAUGGUGCAAUACUCUGAAAAAUUAGAAAGUCACGUAUCACAGUAAAUAACCACAAAACUGAAAAAUUUAAGGAAACCAGCCACACAGAGCGACAGUUUUCUGUUGAAUAAAAUGAUGUGCCAAAUAGGCUAACUCGUUAGCAUUAAGGAAAUGAAACACAUAAAGUAUUCAUUGUAGUUUCUGAGCCAGUAUUACUGAAGACAAAAGUUAUUGAAAUCUUACAGGUUUAUGCAGUUUUUUUCCUAGUGCUAAGCAUCUCUAACUGCUUUCAGGAAUGUCAACUUGACUGUACAUUUCAUGUCAUAUAUGAAAGAAACUUUUAUGAAUGAAUCAAAAUAACAUUUUGAUUUCUAUCUGAAUGUCUUUCAUUGAAUAUGAUGUGUUAAUUAGAAACUGAAAUAACACUACCAGCAAUAGACAGUUUUUUUGAAUAAUGAACAAUAGCCAGUUCCACAAAUAACUAAAAUUCUAAAGUUAUUGGUAUAUUAGUAAUAAAAAUUUGCUUUCUUUAAAUACUUUUUUAGUCCUGUAAAGAAAAAAUUUUAUAACAUUUUUAUUGACCAGUCGUGAUAUAACAAGGCAAAUAUGAAUUUGUUUUUGAAAAGUGAUGCAAGUUCUCCAACCAGAAAGGAUGAGAUGGAGUCUUAGAAUCUCCUAACAGUAUAUUGUCAUGUUGGGGUAAGGAAGUCUCAUAGUUGAUAUGCCAUGAAAUUAAUACCUGCAACCUAGAUUGCUGUAGUUUACACUUUGUAUGUUUCAAAUCAGGUAUAUACUGUUUGUACUGAGAACACCACAGAAUGAAUUAUCCAAAGUCCACCGAUUUAAUAUGUGUUUUGGUUUGUAAGUGAAUUAUAGUAAUUUCUUGCACAUUUUUUGGAAAUCAAUUGUAUAAAAAUUUAUGUAUCUGCUUCUAGAUACAGUAUGUAAAUAAAAGUUUUGUUCAUAACA